AUGGACCGCCACAUCACUUCAAACUUUGAAAUUCCUUCAGGCUCCUUUGGAACAUUCAUGAUUAUAUCGGUAGUACUUUGGGUUAUACUCUAUGACCGUGUUUUAGUCCCGGCUGCAUCGUUGAUACUGGGACGGCCGGCAUGCUUAGGAUCAAAACAGAAAAUAGGACUUGGCCUAUUUUCAUCUUGUGUUUCAAUCGCAUCAUUAGCAAUAGUAGAGAACAUUAGGCGUGGGAUUGCAAUCGAUCAAGGCUAUUCGGAACAACCACAAGCCGUGGUGAACUUGUCCGCCCUAUGGCUCCUGCCACGGCAAAUCCUUGACGGAUUGGCCGAGGCAUCAGCCUGCAUUGGACAAAACGAGUUCUUUCUGGCCGAGCUUCCCCAAUCGAUGUCUAGCUUGGCGUCCACGCUAGGUGGCCUGGGAAUGUCUCUGGGGAAUUUGGCAGCAAGUUUUGUUCUGAGUGGUGUUGAUGGUGUUACUGGAGGAGGAGGAAAUGAGAGUUGGCUUUCAAGCAACAUAAACAAGGGUCAUUAUGAUUACUAUUAUGCAUUCAUUUUUAGUUUGUGCUUUGCAAAUUUUGUAUAUUUUAUUUACUGUAGUAAAGCUUAUGGCCCUUGUAAGGGUAAUGGAAAGUAUAAUUUUAAGUAG